CGAGCUACUUCAACGCAAGCCAGAAAAGGGAAAGUUAGAAUGAAGAGCCUUCCAGUUCUGCUGUUAGCAUAUGCUGUAUUUUCUUAUGCUUUUCCUGUAGAUAUAGAAAAGAAGAAAGAAGAAGAAAAUAUGAAGCUGUUUAAGGAGUAUGUGAAAAAUUACUACAGCAGUGAGAAGGAUGGGGAGCCUGCUUCCAAAUGGAAAAACAAUAGGCUUGUGGUCGACAAAAUCAAAAAAGUGCAGCAAUUCAUGGGUCUGGAGGUGACUGGAAAACUGGAUUCUCAUACCAUGAACUUAAUACGGAAACCUCGAUGUGGGUUCCCAGAUAUAGCUGAGUUCUCCACUUUUGCAGGAGAACCAAAAUGGGGGAAAAACAUUCUCACAUACAGGAUAUUGAAUUACACACCAGACCUGGCCCCACAAGAUGUAGAUGCAGCAGUCAAAAAGGCAUUUAAAGUGUGGAGCAGUGUAACUCCAUUGAAAUUCAUCAGGACAUAUGAAGGUGCUGCAGAUAUAAUGAUCUCCUUUGCAAUCAGAGAGCACAAAGAUUUUAUUCCCUUUGAUGGCCCUGGUGGGACUCUUGCUCAUGCUUUUGCCCCUGGCUCAACUAUUGGUGGAGAUGCGCAUUUUGACGAUGAGGAAGACUGGACCUUAAAAUCAGAAGGCAUCAACUUGUUUCAUGUUGCUGUUCAUGAGUUUGGCCAUUCACUGGGACUGUUCCAUUCUACACAUCCUGAUGCAUUGAUGUACCCCAUUUACAGAAAGGCUGACCUGGCAGUAUUCCCUCUCCAUCAGGAUGAUAUUAAUGGCAUUCAGUACCUCUAUGGAAAGUCAUCUAAUCCCAUUGAAAAUGAUACAGAAUUUAAUUGGCCUGGAGAACCCACUGGUCCCAAAGAACCUGCAGUGCCAAACGCAUGUAACCCUGAGUUGACUUUGGAUGCUGUCACCACUUUCCGUGGAGAAAUAAUUUUCUUUAAAGACAAGUACUUCUGGCGCAAACAUCCUGCAAUCAAACAAGUUGAAUUUAAUGUAAUAUCUUCAUUCUGGUCACAGCUGAGCUCUGGUAUUGAUGCUGCGUAUGAAAUCACUGAUAAAGAUGAGACGUUCCUUUUUAAAGGAAAUGAAUUCUGGAGUGUCAAAGGAGAUGCCGUGCUGCCUGGAUACCCCAAGAAAAUCCAUGCUCUGGGCCUCUCAAAUGAUAUUAAAAAAAUUGAUGCAGCCCUUUAUUUUGCAAAUAAAAGAAAAAUAUACUACUUUGUAGAUAACAAGAUUUGGAGUUAUGAUGAAAGAAGACAAUCCAUGGACAAGAAACCAAAACUGAUAAAAAAUGAAUUUCCAGGAAUCAAUGGAAAAGUGGAUGCUGCUUUCCAGAAUAAAAACUACUACUAUUUCUUCCACGGGAAAAAGCAAUUUGAGUUUGACCCAAAUGCCAAGAAAGUUACUCGUGUCUUGAAGACCAACUUCUGGUUUUCCUGUUAAGGAUAGGAAAUUUACAGUGAUGUAUAGAAGAAAGGAAACAACAGUGUAAAUGAAUCAUGGAGAUGACUCUUCAUUUAUUAAUAUCUACAAUGUACAAACAUGUUUUUUUCUGAUUUUAGCCUAUGCUUAAUAGUCAAGCCACACCUUCUGUAUGAUGUAUAGUUCUGUAAAUAAUGAAAAUGUAGUACUUAGCAUGUGGAUGAGUAUAUGCAUAUAAAUAAAUAGGGCAGUGGCAUUUUGCAUUUAUUUGCUCAAUUGUAUAUUUAUUU